UUAUUUCACCUGGCUGAACCUCAGAAGCCUUCUCUGGAUCUUCAUCCUGGUUUCAGAGGUUACCUGUCAGUCUCUGCAGUACACCAUGGUCACUACCAAUUAUGGGAAACUGCGUGGGUUUAGGGCAUCUUUACCCAGCGAGAUCCUGCACCCAGUGGAUCAAUACCUGGGUGUACCAUACGCACUGCCCCCUACAGGAGAAAGAAGGUUUCAGGCUCCUGAACCUCCAAAUUCCUGGUCUGGAAUUCGGAACGCCACCCAGUUUGGCCCAGUGUGUCCUCAGUACCUGGAAGACCGGUUCCUGCUCAGUGAUAUGUUACCUAUAUGGUUCACAGCGAAUCUGGAUACGGUGGCUACCUAUGUACAGGAACAGAGUGAAGACUGCCUCUUCCUCAACAUCUACGUACCUACAGAUGAAGAAGUGAGUGGUGGUGAUGAGGAGGUGCUGAAGCCGGUGAUGGUUUACAUCCACGGUGGUUCUUACGUUGAAGGAACAGCAAACGUGAUCGAUGGAAGCAUCCUUGCUAGCUAUGGAGAUGUCAUCGUUGUUACCGUCAACUACCGACUCGGAGUUUUAGGAUUUUUAAGUACAGGUGAUCAGGCUGCUAAAGGGAACUAUGGGUUGCUGGAUCAGAUUCAGGCUCUGCGCUGGAUAAAGGAGAACAUUCAGGCAUUUAAUGGAGAUCCUCGAAGGGUCACCAUAUUUGGAUCUGGAGCCGGGGCUUCCUGUGUCAGCCUCCUCACCCUGUCACACUACUCCGAAGAUCUGUUCCAGAAAGCAAUCAUUCAGAGUGGAACAGCCCUCUCCAGCUGGGCAGUAAACUACCAGCCAGCUAAAUACGCCCGCAUGCUGGCAGAGAAGGUGGGCUGUAACGAGGACGACUCCAUGGAAAUGAUUCAAUGCCUCCAAAACAAGAACUACAAAGAGCUAAUCGAGCAGAACAUUACUCCCGCCAAGUACCACAUUGCUUUCGGCCCUGUAAUCGACGGAGACGUGGUCCCGGAUGACCCUCAGAUCCUCAUGGAGCAGGGCGAGUUCCUGAACUACGACAUCAUGCUGGGCGUUAACCAGGGAGAGGGGUAUAAAUUUGUGGAUGGUAUAGUGGACAGUGAGGACGGCGUGGCAGGAAAUGAAUUUGAGUUUGCCAUAUCAGAUUUUGUUGAUAACCUUUAUGGCUAUCCUGAAGGAAGGGACACGCUACGAGAGACCAUUAAAUUCAUGUACACGGACUGGGCUGACAGGGAAAAUCCAGAGACCAGACGCAAAACAUUAGUGGCGUUGUUUACGGAUCACCAGUGGGUGGCGCCGGCCGUGGCUACCGCAGAUCUGCACGCUCAGUACGGUUCACCUACAUACUUCUAUGCAUUUUACCACCACUGCCAGAGUGAAAUGAAGCCGGCCUGGGCCGAUUCUGCUCAUGGAGACGAACUUCCUUACGUUUUUGGGAUUCCGAUGAUCGGACCGACUGAUCUAUUCAGCUGUAACUUCUCUAAGAACGAUGUCAUGCUGAGUGCCGUGGUGAUGACCUACUGGACCAACUUCGCCAAAACCGGAGACCCGAACCAGCCGGUUCCUCAGGACACCAAGUUCAUCCACACAAAACCAAACCGUUUUGAGGAGGUGGCGUGGUCCAAGUACAACCCGAAGGACCAACUGUACUUGCACAUUGGCUUGAAGCCGAGAGUCCGGGACCACUACAGAGCCACCAAGGUAGCUUUCUGGCUUGAGCUGGUUCCACAUCUACACAGCAUCAACGAGCUCUUCCAGUAUGUCUCUUCUACCACCAAGAUCCCUCCCCAGGACGCCACGCCCUUCUCCUACACAAAGCGCUUAUCCAACAAGCUCUGGCCCUCAACCACGCGCCACCCUGCAGUUCCUCCAUCCAACAACAAGCAGUCUGCAGACCAGCAGAACAACCCGGAGCAUGACGAUGGCUCAGUGACCAUCGAAGCUCGGGAUUAUUCUACAGAACUAAGUGUUACUAUUGCAGUCGGAGCAUCGCUGCUGUUUUUGAACAUCCUGGCCUUCGCGGCACUCUACUACAAGAAGGACAAGCACCGUUUUGAGGCAACCAGGCGUCCGAGUCCUCCGAGGAACCUAGCAAAUGAUAUUCCGCGGGUUCCAAGUGAGGAUCUGAUGUCCUUACAGAUGAAGCAGCUGGAUCACGAUCAUGAUCACGAUCACGACUGUGAGCCACUACAAGGACAUGACUUACUCCCGCUCACCUGUCCACCGGAUUACGCCCUCACUUUACGCCGUUCCCCUGAUGACUUUCCCAUCCUGACUACUAACGCCAUCACCAUGAUCCCAAACUCACUGUCUGGAAUUCAGUCACCAUAUCAUCCAUUCAACACAUAUGCAAACAGCACGCCGAGCAACAUCGGGCUUCCUCAUGGACACUCCACCACCAGAGUAUAACUCAGUGCUAAUGACUGUAGCAACAGAUUGUUAUUAUUAAUAUUAUUAAAGACAAAGCGCCCCCUGGUGGCGUGGAUAUAAACUC